UACCAUGAUGGCCGCUGGUCCUUCGCGCGAAGUGUGCCGCCGCUAACACCGCCUUUUGCCACCGCACGGAGUCUCGUUGGGCUCUGAAACCCUCCUAGGAUUCGAGAGGAGGAAGAAGAGAGAGGAUCAGGGCGAAGAGGGACCCGAGGCGAGGUUCAUCAGGCGAGAUAAGAGGAGAUUGAAGGUCUUGGCGCGUGAGGACAUCCAUAACUAUUACGUUGAUUUUCCCUUUUUUUUUUUUUUGAAAAUUGGUCUCGCUCUUCCGACCAAAACAAUGCCCAAGUCCGACGUUUUCAAGGCCGGUGACCCGAUUUUCGCCAAGGUCAAAGGUUACCCGCACUGGCCAGCGAGGAUUGAACCCUAUGAAGAAGAUCCAUCUGGCAAACCAUUAAAAAAGUAUCCAGUCCUGUUUUAUGGGACUUAUGAGACGGCUUUGCUGAAACCAGAUGACCUAUUCCCUUACUCGACCCACGUAGAGAAGUUUGGGAAACCACAGAAGAGGAAGGGUUUCAAUGAAGGCCUGUGGCAGAUAAUUAAUAAUCCAAGUCUAGACCCAAGCAUACCCAUACCACCAGACGUGUCCUCAGCCUCCCUCCCUGGUACCCCGAAAACUCCUGCAGCCAAGCCCGGCAGAAAGUCCCUGAGCUCCACACCAGCAGUGACGACGGAUGUCAAGUCCGAAGAGUCUGAUGAGGACGUAGGCGAUUUAGUUAUCGAUGAGUCUGCAGGGAAAGGUGCAAAACCUGGAAGAAAAAGAAAAAGGCAGGAUUCCGACAUAGCCUCAGAGACACCAGCCAAGAAAGCUGCAUCUUCUGAUGUUAAGAAAACGCCCAAAGAAACUCCAAAGCAAACUCCAAAAGAAAAUAUUAAACAGUCAAAACUUAUAGCUAAAGAAACUCCUAAAGAAACUCCGAAGCAGCAAUCUGGAGAAUCAUUGGAACCCCAAGUUAGUCGAAGUGGGAGGCUAAUAAAGCCCAAAAAGUUCUUAGAUGAAGGUGAAGAUGCUUCCCGCCCACCAUCAGCUGCAGCAGGCACACCUUCCACUCCAGUCCCAGUCACAGAAGCUGCAAGUACCCCAUCAAUUACCAAAACUAGCAAUGCAGUCAAAAGUACUCCCAGUGCACCUGUCACCACACCAAGAAAAAGACUCUCCCUCUCCGGGUCAGAGGAAGCUGCGCCAGCAGAGUCGCCUGCAGUGCCAGAAGAAAUGCCCACCCCAACAGGCCCACCACCAAAGAAGAGAGGGCGUCCUCCAAAGAAUAGAGACAUAGACAACUCGCCCAAGAAAGCGCCAGCUGCAGCACCUCCAUCCGAGUCUCCUGCCCAAGAAACUACCUCAAAGAUGUUAUCGCCGCCCACUAAGGCUCUGGCUGAUGUCAAACAAGAGAAGAAGUCUCCUAGUGGGAUUGGUGUUUUUUUUCCAAUACAGAGUGAUCUAGCAAGUAAGCAGACAUUCCUUAAACUGAAAACGGACUUAGAAUCUGGUACUCUAAAUGCAGAUGAAUUAAAAGAGUUAACAAAGGCCAAUGAGAAAGAAGAAACACACACAGCCAUUAUAGAAGAAAAUAGAAAAUAUACAGAAACCUGCAAAGCCAAAACUCUAGAUAUGGAAGCUCAAUUAUUGGAGCUUGAUCAAAAGAUAAGAGAGGCAUUAUCUGUUACAAACCCUCGAAAAGAAGAUGCCAAAAAUUAUCUUGAGCGCAUGUCUAAAUUGGUAAUAUCUGGGUUGAUGCUGAAGAAGAAUCCUCAUGUUGUUGAUGCCAUAAAAAAGUGUCGGAGAUACAAAUAUGACGAUGAGGUCCGGCUCAAAGCAGAUCUAGUUUACAGCAGGUUUAAGCUGUUGUUUGUGGUGCCAGAGAGUCAAGAAUGGGACUCCAUGUUUGCCGAAAAGGUGGCAGAAUUUGAUGAUGCCUGCCACAGAUCAGGCAUCACAGAGGAAAGUAAAAUCUCUUUGGUCCGAGAUCCAACCCAUCACAUCGACGGUCCUCAGGAAGAGGCCAGCAAAAGGGGAAAAGAAAACACGAGUCCAUUAACAAAAAGCUGAACGAGAAAGAGAAAGAGUGAGAGAGAGAGAGAGAAAAUAAAGGCAAAAUGUAUACAGAUCAGCAGGUUUGAGCCCCUAGUUAGUACUUAAGCGAGGCUUCAACUGUGCUGCGCGAUUGGUAUCUUUGGACUCAAAAUGUUGUAUGUGGCUAGAGCUGUAUUUUUGAGGCUUAGAUGAUACUUGGAUAAGGCUACACAGAUUGACAGAAUUUUUUUUCCCUUUUUUUUUUAUUUUAAUUUUACUUUAACCUUCGGAUUAAUAAUGACCAGAUCAGUAAGCUUAAUCUCUAGACUGUGUGAACUAGAGACUCGAACCUUGACUAGAUCAGUAAGUGUGAGUUUUAGACAUAAGGCAAUUUAAUGAUCAAUCCAUAUGAUAUCAUCUUUUACUUUAAGCCCUGUUUGGUAUGUAUUAUGGUGUAAAGCUGGUUUGUGUGAGCCGUACAUGAUACAUGAGUAAGAGUUACCCCUUCAAGUCAUCACUGUGGCAUUAAGCAGUGCAAGAGAUAUAUUUUGAGCAUUGUGUAUUCUAAGUGUAUUAAAUGCUAGCAUGGCAUGUGUUGGACUAGGCUUUAUUUGCCAAGCAUGUAUAUAAUGUAUAUUUUUGAUAACAUCCAAAGGUAUUCCUGAAAAAAAAGUAUAAAGCUACAAGACACUGACUGGAAGUGAUGAGCCAGAUAUCAAGCCAUUUGAGAACUUUUUUUUUUAUACAUUGGUUAAGUUUUUAUUUUUAAUUUCUCCAGUGUUUAGAAUUUAUUCCAAUGUGUAAAUCACAUAAGAAAUACCUGGUUUCAUGCAUUAUUUUAUUUAAAUAUAAUAUUUUCUUUAUAGGCAACUUUAGCUUCCAAAUUUAUAUAUUUUUUUUGAGCAGUUAUUGGAAUUGGAUAUUUUCACACAAAGCAACUGUCUUUAAAAGAAGUGUCUUAAAAGGGUUUACCUUACUGUUGUAGUACCUACGGCUCUAGACCGGGCUUCUUGUGUUUGAACAAUUUUCUGGAUAAAGAAUAAGGAACAGAAACUUGUGUUAUCUAAGGUUCCGUCUAAUCUCUUUAAACUCUUACCAGUAGAAGAGAGGCUAAAGAAAGUAUCUGUAUUAUCCUCAAAUUGAGGUGUUUAUAAAAGUAAGCAUGUCUGGUGAGGCAAUUUGAAGAGGUUUGACCAAAGAAUGAUGAUGGUAGUAAAUGUUUUUGAUGUAAAAAGGACAGUUUCCCAGCUGUACCGGCUGUGUGCCAGUGCGAAGGGGCAAUUGUUCAUUCGCUGAUUAUUAGGAAGAGGUAAUUCAUUCAUGUGUCCUCAUAUGUUCAUUUAAUUUGUUAAGUGUUAAUAUUUGAUGAUGGAGAAAAUUGUUAUCUUGAAUCAAAUUAUCUUGAGGAUAUUCAUGAUGAUCAGGAAAAAGCAUAAAUUUGACUUGUUUCUCUAGGGAUUCAAUGUUGGUUACCUGAAUUUUGAAGUUGCUAUGAAGUUGAAUAUGACAGGUCAAUGAUGUACAGAGUACAACCAGCAUUUAUUUUCCCCUCACAAGCAGAUGGUUACAGUACUUUGCAGUAAAUUGGGAUGUGCAGAAUUUAAAGUGUAAAUAAGCCUAGUACCCUUUCCACAAACUUAAUAAUUAUAUUUUUUAUUCUGCUCUUUUGAAUUGUUAGUAAACUUGAAAUAAGUUUUUAUUAAUUUUGAAAAUGUAGACAACAGGUGCCACAGUUAAUUGGAAUCCCAAAGCAGAUACAUAAAAAAAAAAAAACAGUGGCCUUAAAAGAAUAUAUAGCGAUAUGUAUCAAAUCCUGAACUCUGAAAUUCAUUCAAGCCAGAUGCAGAAUAGGGUGAUUCUACAAACUGAAAAAAAGAUUCUCAAACCAUAUACUGCUAGCUGGGGUUGUGUAAGAGAGAAAAAAAAAGUGGUUGAUUUAAUUUUGUCAUCCGUUGUCAGCAGGGAGUUGCAUUGACUAAGGAGUGGCAUUCUUGUUCCUGACAAACCACAAGAAUUUAUGUCUAUUACGACAAAACCUCAGUGAGAAAAGGAUGGUUUUUAUUGUCAUUACUAUUACUUUUAAACUAGGUCAUUUUGAUGUUUUUUGACGUUACUUUAGACAUUGAGGAUAAAGUACUUUGAAGUAGUUUUGAAGUUGCUUUUUUUCCAUUGCUCACAUUUUAAUUCUCCGUUGUUGGGAAGACGAUCCAUUAAGACACAGCAGGGAGGGGAAGGGAGUCUGGAAGAGCCGUUGUGGGAGAAACAUCAAGAGCCUAACAGAGACUUUGCAGAUAUUUUUUUCUUUGCUAUUGAAUGGGAUCUUAAUGGACCGUUCACUCCUAAGAGUCACACAUGUUAUGUUAUAUAUCUUGGGUAUCAGUUUGAGCUCUACAUGAGGAAUAUUAGCACUUGACUUGUGAGUACAAAGGUGCAUUAAGUAGUGCUAUUAUCUGUAUGAAUCACUCCCAAAUAAAAUAUGAACCACUAUUGA